AUGAAUCAAUACUUCUUCGAUUUAUCUGAGCUCUUUAAAUCAGAAUUGCCAGAAGCAGAACUUGCUACGGACGACUCUUCGGAAUUGGACGAAGAACCCAAAGAACAAAUAGCAGAUAAAUCGUGGUGGAAGAUGUUAGAAGGAGACGACGUCCCUUUGGUCAUGUUCGGUGAUAUGGCGGAGCUUAAAGCGCCGCAGAGGAGAAACGUGUUGAAAGCCGCAAAAUCAGGCAAAACAAUGCCAAACGAAUGGAAACGUUAUGUUUUUAACGACAAGAUCCUAAACUCGAAGUGUCCGAAUGCUGGUGAUAUUAAAAAUGAAUACUUGAAACGCUUACCAGGGAAGUGGGAAUGGUGCAAUGGACAGAUGCAGGAAAGGGAGCGCGAGCGGCGAAGAAAUUCGGAUCCAAAUAAAGUUGUUCUCGAUAUUGGAAGCAAGCGAGCUUCCAGAUUUGAUGACUAUUAUCAAGAAAUACCGUUGAACGACAUUGAAGACUUUGAUACUUCGCGAAGACAGGAGUCAUCACAAAUUGAAGAAGAAGAGAUCAUCGAAGAAUCAUUUUCUACUCUUGGGAGUAUUCACAAAGACAGCCUCGAAAUGAUUCCAAGCCAUGUGCCCGAUAGAGACGCUAAAAUUAACAAUGAGAAGGUGUGUCCGAUGGAGAAGUGUCAGAGAAUGCAAGUGGACUCUUUUGUUCGAAGCCUGCCACCGUACAUGCGGGCGAACCCUUUUACGCACUUCGAGAAGUCAUAUGAAGAAUAUGAGCUUUGCACGCCUGGUGCGCUUUAUAUUGAAUUGCUAGCGGUUUCAUUGAUUGAAUUUGAUUUCUAUAUGACCUUCCACCCUACUGAGAUGACUUCCGCAUAG